AUGGCGAGUGAUAAAGUGCUUGUUCCUGUGAGACAACCUGGUCAAACUUCAUGUGUCCAUCACCCGGAGAGGACUGUGACUCUGUUUUGUGAAUUAUGUGAAGAUCUGGCUUGUUUGACAUGCUUGUCAACUGUACAUAAGGGCCACGAGAUGUGUGCAUUGAGCGAGCUGACUGCCGCCACACGAACGCAGAUGGAGAAGUAUAUCAACAAUACCGAGAAACAGCGAUGUGUGCAACUUCAACUGUUGAUAAACUGGGCUGAGAACGAUCUCUUGCAGACGUCUGUCAAAUAUAAUCAGCUGACAGAAAACAUUGAGCGUCAAGGAAAACUAUUAAAACUGCAGAUUGACGUUUUCACUUGCAUGUUCAAAGGUUUGUACAAACAAUUGGAGGAGGAAAACAAAAGAAAUAUGGAGUCUUACAUCACGGAAUUGCGGAGUCGCCUAGAUGCACUGAAUGACAAUUUACAGAAUUGUAAACAUAUUCUUGCGAAUGGAACUGAUAUUCAGAUGUAUGAUACUGGACAUAAACUAAUAACCGAACCAGAAGAGACUCAUCCAGCACAGCCAAAAUGUCACUGCUACUCUUUUAUUCCCAAUAAAUCCCCAAGAAAUUAUCUGGAACAGGCAUUUGGUAAAUUGACAACAUCGGCUGAACAGAAGCCCAAGAUUCACACGAAAAAACUGUCCGAGUUCAACUCCUCAGAUUUCAUCAGUUCAAUAUGCCCUAAUGGUGAUGGUUGA